AUGGUUUACCACACUACUUUGUUGAUAUCUGAAAUGGAUCUAAUAAAGUAUAUAUUGGAGAAGCUUGUUCUCACUAGAAGAAUUGCUCGGUGGCAAAUGCUACUAAUAGGGUAUGAUAUUCAGUAUGUUACUCAGAAAGCUAUCAAGGGGAAUGUGUUAUCUAACUACCUUACUCAUCAACCUGUGAAGGGUUAUCAACCAAUGAUGUUUAACUUUUCGGAUGAGGACAUCUUGUUUAUUAGAGAUUGUGAAAUUCCAGGCCUUGAUGAAGGACCCGAACCAGGAUCACGAUGGACGCUUGUGUUUGACGAUGCUUCAAAUGCUCAAGGUCAUGGAAUUAUGGCAAUUCUUACUUAUCCAACUGGCUUUCACCUUCCUUUCACUGCUAGAUUAUACUUUGAUUGCACCAACAAUGUGGAAAAAUAUGAGUCAUGUAUCUACGGAAUCAAAGAAGCCAUUGAUAUGAGAAUUAAAAUCCUCGAGGUAUAUGAAGACUCCGAUCUAGUGAUCAGUCAGGUCAAAGGAGAUUGUGAAACUCAGGAUAGCUAG